AUGUCGAACUACCAAUACCCAAACCAGCAAGGCUAUUCUCAGCCAUAUCAGCAGCCUCACCAACAACCUUACCAACCGACAUAUCAACAACCGCACUAUCCUCCAGGCCCUCCACCUCCAAUGAUGCAAAACUCCUCGCACAACUUCCAGCCUCCUCCUUAUGGAUACCCACAAGGCCAUCAACAAGCUCCCAGCUUCCCUCAAGGGUCACCCAGUUACUACCCUAGAUUUGGUUUCACUCGACUUCCUUCCAGAUUCCACAUCUGGAACGUUAUAACAGGUGGUGGCUCUGGUAUCCUCGAGCUUGGUCCUCAGUUCAAAGGACCUGUUGCUUACUCCGCAAAGAUGUUCUCCAGUAGCAGACUCAAGAUCAAAGAAGGUCCUUACGAAUCUGAAAAGGAGCCUAUAUGCACUAUCGAAAGCCGUCACACUUUCAGUCAAAAGAGUACUAUCAGUUUCAACGGAUUCCAGUCCCAGUUUACUGAGACAAGCAUGUUUAUGGAUGGUGCUUCGUGGCCGUUCGAUGUUGAUGUCAAUGGACAGAUGCAAACAUGGCGAUGGAGAAAGAGACAGGCAGAAAGCAAUUCAUCGCUAAAGAGGUUCUUCGGAUCUUCGUCUCAGAGUAAAUUUGGAAGUUGGGACCUGAUUCCCGCAUCUGGCCAAGGCCCUCCUGUUGCUACAUUUGAAGCUGGGGGAGGAAAAACCUCUGAGAACGACGCGGCAAUUGGGGAAUUUCUAUUCUAUGGCCCAGCAGCUGUUGGCCAGAUGGGAGAUAUCUUUAUAAACGUAAGCAUUGCGAUUUUGCUUCGCAUCAUAUCCCAGCAUUACAUCAGCCGAAUUGCGGCGUCGGUUGGGUAA